GUGAGUCCUGACUACCACCAUUGGGUGUUUACAUUUUUUUGUCAUUGCAUCGGCGCAAGUUGUCAGUUUGACAUUUGUCUAAUGUGCAACUUCAGCAUGUGCAGUUAACAGUUAUCGGUUCGUGUGAUUAUUUAUUUAUUUUAUUACACCUGAUGACAGUUCGUUGAAAAGUUAAUAAAGUCUUGCAGUGUAAUUGAUUAGCAUCACAUUGUAAAAGAUGCAUGGGCGACCAAGAUGUAGAGAAUGGACACCGCUCGUAACUCAGCAAUUGCGAUUGAGAAAUUUGAUCCAAAUCACAGGGCACAAUUUGGUAAAUGACAACCAAUGCAGUUUCUAUUACACCCUACACUUGACUUCUAUGUGUGCCCCCUUUUACACGAGCGAAAAAAUCGAUAAUAAUAAUCCCGCUUGGUGUGACAUCGAUUGUGAACUAUUGACCAAAUCCUCUUCUAAAAGUGUCUUCAUAAGAAUAUGGAAGCAUUAUCCCGCCGAGAACAAAGACAUUAUUUUUUUGAAAUGGGGUAUAUUCUUUUCUGGCCUAGUUAAUAUAGAAAAUCGAAACUCUAUGAAUCUUGUAGAAAAUUCUUUAGUGUUUCAAUUGAAUGGAGGCUUUUUUACGUCUUAUGAUUGUUUACUAAAUAGAAAUCCAGUCAAAAUCUUUAUUAGUAGUAAGAAAGAAGCCGGUGAAGAUAAUACAGAGCCAAUAGAUGUAUACAAAGUAAGGUAUACGAGUUUGAAAUUUCUCAAUUCAGAAAUAAGGCCGAGCUAUAAUGUACAAAAGUUGCUUCAGCUACAAGAUUUACAACUAUUAUUUAAAAAGCGUCUUAUGAGCGCUUAUGAGCUGAGGGAAAAAAUUUGUUUAAAGAGUCCGAUUUGUUUAGAAAACUGCACUGAUAAUAAAGCUAAAUUAAUAGAGCACAGGAAAAAAAUUUACAAAGAACUGAAUAGCAAUAGACUGAAUUGGUACAUGUUACAACAGUCACCUCAACCUGAUCCAGAUAAAAUACUGAGAGCACAUGAACUUCAUAAGCAGAUUGAAACUGCUAAAUGUGUUUGUAAAUUAUUAAAUGUUGAAGCGGAUUUGAAACGAAUUAAAUUACGCCUGUUGCAAUCGCAAAAGUUAGCUAUUAAUGAAUCAAAUAAUGACUUAGGUUCUGAUUUGAUGAACAAUUAUCAUAGCUUGAGUAAAGACCGAGAGAACUCUAAGAAAAAUGAAUUUUCAUUGAAGACGUUGAAUGACUCAUUAAAUGUAACAAAGGCAGCUUUGUGCAUUAGGCAAGCAAAAUUGCUCUCCGGAAUUUUAACAAUUUAUCCCAUAACAGAAGUUUCCAAGGAUAUUAUGAAUAUAUUGAAUGUGCCUUUACCGGACGCGGAGUCUUUAAAUCAAAAUUACUGCAAUAGUUUGUCUGUAGCUCUUGGAUUUGCAGCUCACACUGUAUAUAUGAUUAGCAUUAUUCUACAAAUUCCUUUAAGGUACCCUUUAAUUCAUCUUGGGUCUCGUUCUAAAAUAAUUGACAAUGUUACAGAUUACAUAGCAGAUAACGAAAGAGAAUUUCCUCUACAUUCAAAAUCAAAUUACUCAACUAGUGCAUUACAUUACGGUGUGUACCUUUUGAAUAAAAAUAUAGCUCAGCUGAGAUGGUCUCUUCUUGGUUUAGUUACAAAAGAUUUGAGGGCGACAUUACCAAAUCUUAAAGGCUUUCUAUUAAAUCUAUCAUUAAGAGAAAACAGUCUAGGCAUUGCAAAGACCAUUGCGCCAUCAGAAUCACCCAUGCCUACACAAAAUGAAUUUUUAAAUAAUUAUAAUGAUAUGCAUGCCAAAAAGUUAAUUCGCGGAAUUUCUCGAUCUAUUGGAAGUUCAACAGAAAGUCGGUCUGUGAAGGACUACAUGAGCAUGGGCAAGGGCAAGGGCAAUUGCACAUCAGAACCCUCUCUACAUUCUAAAUCAGUAGAAAUAAGUCAUAAUACUAAUAACAAAGAAUGUAAUCUAGGACAAAAUAAUAAUGCUAAAUAG